UCGUCUCAGAAACCACGAGUUCAUCAUCCAAGCAGUUUUCGUUGUUUUUUCUUUAUCCGGUUUUGGUUCGCGUGCAUCGCAUCAUACCGAAGAUAUUGCUGGUGGAACUAAUUUGUGCCACUGUAUUCAAAACACAACUCGCCGCAUUUUGAAGACAAAGCUUCUUCUCUGACGCUGAAUUUCACCCCUCGCCUUAUUGUUCUCUUAUUUCAUUCGAGCUAGUUUACCAAAGAGAAGAGUCAACACAUAUUUCUUAAGUAAUUAUUUUUGACUAAUCUAAUCAUUUAAUACCUCAUUUGAGUUGAAAGCAUCAAAUUUGUAAGAUAAAGAAAUACAGAUAUACAUAUUUAAAUGGUAUUUUGCGGCGUAUGGUGCAUAUAUGAAUCUCACUGAGAAAUCCCAAGUGCUUUCGAACAGACCAUCUACAGAGACAUGCCUUUUCGCAGCUAUUUGUUGCAUUAUUUUUAUCAUUGUUGGAUGCAUCGGAAAUUCUAUGACUAUCUUGGCUUUGGUGAAGUGUCGUAGGCUUCAAAAUGCGACAACAGCAUUUGUUGUGAGCUUAGCUGUAUCAGAUUUUCUUUUCUGUGUAGUGUGUCUUCCCCUUACAGCCACGCGGUAUAUUUACGAAGAAUGGAUUCUUGGUGAAGAGUUGUGCAAAUUGUUUCCGUUCUUCUUUUACGGAAAUGUAGCCGCAUCUCUAAUGUCUAUGACAGCAAUAACUUUCAACAGAUUUGUGUUGAUCAACUGUUAUUCUGUCUACAGCACAAUAUACAAAAAAAUAAACGUAACUGCCAUGAUUAUCGUAUGUUGGGCUUUCAGUUACAUUAUUUUGGUGCCCACACUCAUCGGUGUCUGGGGACGUUUUGGUUACGAUAAAGCUUCAUUUUCCUGCACCAUUCUAAGAAAUGCUGAUGGAAAGUCUCCAAAAAAAUUUCUUUUUUCUUUUGGAUUUCUUCUGCCGACUAUAACCAUUAUUAUCUGUUAUUCUUGCAUAUUUUAUAAAGUUCGACAAAGCGCACUCAAGUUGCUUUCUUAUACCCCUGACAGCGGAUCCAAGAGAAAUUCCAGUUUCUUGCCAAAGAAGAGGGAGGAGAUUCGUAUCACUUGCACUAUGCUUACAAGUUUCUGCACAUUUCAGCUCUGCUUUCUGCCACUUAUGAUUGUCAAUGUAUUUGAAGAGAACAUUGGGUAUCCUAUCCUCCAUACAUGCGCAUCGAUUUUGGCCUGGAUGUCAGCAUGCACUAACCCAUUUAUUUAUGCAUUGUUAAAUAAGCCUUACCGAGACGCAUACUGCCAGCUACUUUAUGACUGGAAAUUGUUGAGAGCAAAUCGCGCUAUGUCCUGUGACGGUUGCUCGGAUGCCAGCAAGAUAUCUCAACUGAAGACCAUAUGUGGCGAUAAUAGCAAAACAUCUGAACUCAAUAUAUCCAAAGAUAUGGUUAUCUGAUUUUAUACUGAGAAUUUGAAAUGACACGUUCAAGGACUGACAUCACAAGCUUUAUAGCAGUGUAAUUGUUUGAGUUAUGGGAGAAACAACAAAAUUCUUUGCUAUUACCCUGCAAAGAAUUAUUACCCGAAUUUUGACUGGAAAUAAAGACGGAAAAAUGUUUUCAAAUGCUGUAAGACGGGUAUUGUAUAAUUAUUGACUAUUUUUUAACCAGAUGGCCAUCAAGUAUAACAGAAACAGUUUGGCUCUGUUGUUUCUGUUGAAAUCUUGCCACGAAAAUUUUUGGAAUAUUAGAUACUUUGUACCUUCGGAUGCGAAAAAACUGUCAGUUGGGGAAAACCUAAAAACCACCGGGAGUAUUAAACAGAAUACUUAAUAUGUUUUUACUUUUUUAUGCAAUAAACUAAUUUUUUUAAAACACUAAUUCGUUGACGGAGACUCUUUAGCAAUACGUAAGCAAAUCCAGCAAAUCUUUGGGUGUAAGAUUCAGCAGAAGAAGAUGCUUGCAAAUUGAAGUACACAUUAAACUUAUGUACUGACUAAUUUUAACAGCUAAUCAACUGACCUAAGUAAUAUCUCACUGUUUAAGCUGUACCGACAAAGUAAAUUAAAGUGGAAUUUUCUGUAACAAUAGUUUUCCAAGUAGGCAAGUGGAGACUGUAUCCCGUCCAUCAAAUGUUGGAAAGUCAGAUGGCAAGAGAUUGAUCAACUGAUUGAAAUUAAACACAGUUUUCUUCUUGGAACCGAAUAAAACGUUUGAAAUUGAAUUCGUGUACGCAUAUAUUUAAAAUUGACUUUACUAGUAUAAUUUCACAAAAAUAUGUACGCUUGUCACCACUUCUUAGUAUGGAAAAUUCUGCAUACUCUUUUAAAGUUUAUUUCGGAAUUUUAAAAAUAAAAAACUUCUUAAGAGGGUAUAAACAUCUUUUGCGGGAGCUUCUUAUCCGGGUUCUACUGAUCCUUUAUUAAUUUCUAUUCAUCACAGCUAUGCAUAUAUUCAUGUUAGACUGGUCUCAGUCACCAACACCUUGGGGAGAUCAAAUGAAACGACAACUUUUAUCUGUUUUAUCUGUACUAAACAACUGCAAUAAAAUUAGUGAGAUCUGGAUAA